AUGCCCCGAGAUCCCCUCAUCGGUCUCGUAGGGAAGCCGUCGAGCGGGAAAAGCACCACGCUGAACAGAUUCACGACCAUCGAUCCCCAACGAGCGGUGGGCUAUCUCCAGGUCGACUGCGCGUGCAAGCGCAAGGGCCUCACGGACAAGUGCCGGCCAAACUACGGCUCCUGCGUCGACGGCAAGCGAUCAGUGCCCAUAGAACUGCUGGACGUGGCGGGACUGGUGCCCGGCGCGCACGAGGGCAAAGGACUGGGCAACAAGUUCUUGGACGACCUGCGCCACGCGGACGCUCUGAUCCACGUCGUCGAUGUCAGCGGCACCACGGACGCCGAGGGCAAAGCCACGCGCGGCUACGAUCCCAGCGUGGACGUGGAAUGGCUGCGCGGCGAGAUCGUGCGAUGGAUCCAAGGGAAUCUGAUGGAGAAGUGGGGGAGCAUCAAGAGACGGCACGUCGCCGUGAAGGCCUCGCCUGUCGAGACGCUCCAGGCCCAAUUCUCCGGCUACGGCAGUAACAGUUCCGUCGUCGCGAGGACGCUGGACAAGCUCCAGCUCAAGCAGCCGCUGGAGGAAUGGAGUGACGAGACGAUCCUGAGGGUCGUCAACGCCUUUACGGACGAGAAGUUCCCGACCGUCCUCGCGCUCAACAAGAUCGACCACCCGGACGCAGAUCGAAAUAUUGCAAAGAUCGCAAAACAGCAGCCCGCGGAGAGCAUCGUCCUCUGCAGCGCGAUAUCCGAGGUCUUUCUCCGACGGCUGGCCAAGCAAGGCUACAUCAAAUACAAGGAAGGCGCCGAGUACUUGGACACGCGGGAGGAUCUGAUCGAACAGGGAGAUCCCGACGGAGGAGGCCUGAAAGAAAUGGACGACAAGCUCGCGCAGCGGAUCGAGAACCUCAAGGACAUGGUGCUCUAUCGCUUCGGGAGCACGGGCGUGGUGCAGGUCCUGACCCGAGCGGCAGCCCUGCUGGGCCUCGUGCCUGUCUUCCCGGUGAAGAACAUCCACACCUACGGCUCCGGCGGCACGUCCGGCACGGCCGCUGUCUUCAGAGACUGCGUGCUCGUCAAGAAGGGCAGUACGGUGGCGGACGUGGCUCGGAAAGUCAUGGGCGAUGCUCCCAUUGCUUUCAUCGAGGGCGACGGGGGAAGGAGAGUCGCAGAAGACUCGAUCAUCGAGGUCGGAACGAACGAUAUCCUGUCAUUCCACGUCGGACGGUGA